UGCAUUCGCGUUCGCAUCGCUGCGGCGGCCGGCAUGCGGGCAUGGAUGAAGCGGAGAACGGCGGCGGAGUUAGGAAGCUAUCACCUUCUCCGACGAGGUCCCCCGGCCCGGAGCAGAGGAAGCCCUCUGCCUCGCCUCCGCCGCCUCGCGUCCCCAAGUGGCUGAUCCUCGACCGCAUCGUCCACCGCAGCAGCAGGAGGCGUUGCGGUGUCGUCGAAGACGACGCCACGGCGUCAGCGCUCGCCCACGACUGCGUCGGCCGCCCCAUCCGCGCCUCCCUAAGGAUCGCCGACCCGCCCGCGGUCUCCCGUCUCUACCUCCACUGGAAGGGCAGGCCCGCGAUCGAUUUCGCGGAGCCCGCCGCCCACCGCAACUCCAUCCUCUUCCGGAUGCGUGUCCCCUUCGAGGAUCCUAUGUGGUGGAGCAGCAUCGGCUCCUUCCCCGUCGACUACUUCGUCUACUCCUCCAGCUCGUCGUCGUCGUCACCGGCAACCCUGACUCUGCUUCCCCCUUGCUUCGACGGCGGCCACACCGACCCCAACUCCGAUAAGUUCUUCCAACCUUACCGGAUCCAGCAGCAGCGCAUCAUGUUGGACAAACACAUGGGCAUCCUGUGCCACGGUGACCAAGGCGGCGAGUUCACGGUGGCAGAUCUCACGCAUCGUUUCCGCACCGAGGUCCACCUCUGCCUGCUGCACCAUCCUCCAAUUCAGUGUCAGUGGAGCAUUAAGAGGCUGCAGAUCCCUCCAGACAUGAAGAUCAACAUCUCCUCCUGGAGGAAUGACGUUGUCGUGCCCAUUGGCAGACGCUUGUGCUGGGUCGACUACUACCAGGGCAUGCUGCUCAUUGAUGUCCUCAGCGACCCAGAUCAGCAGCAGUUGCUCCAGUUCAUUCCACUGCCUUCUCAGGCUUUGAAGUAUCGCCGCCCGUACAAGGACGCAGGUGAACCUGACCCAUUGCGGUGUGUUUGUGUCACUGACUCUGGCAUCAUUAAGCUCGUCUGUAUUCUUACCAAAGAGCCUCCUUCUCCAGAUCCCUUCACCAUAACAACAUGGAUUUUGCAUAACGUCCACCGAGGUGAAUGGAGGAAGGAUGUUGACACCAUAAUGGGUGCCACGGAGUUCUUCAGUCUUACUGGCAUUGCCCACAGUUGCCUUGCACAUGUGCAGCCAAGUUUUCCUAUGGUGAGCUUAGUUGAUCCAGAUGUCUUCUGCUUCCUGCUGGAAGAUGAGGACCAUAGCCUUUUCUGGAUGAUUGAGGUGAACAUGAGGAACAAGAAGCUGCAGUCAAGUGCCCUCUAUAUCAAUGAAGAAGAAGAAGAAGAAGGAUACCCCCCUAAAAGGGGCCGCAGGAACAAUUUCUUUGGUCAUAACUUCAUCCGCAGCAGUUUCACCUGUUUCUUGAGUGAGAAUGCCAUCACAAGUUGGGAGCUAAGUGAAAAGAUGCAGGAGGCAAAAAAGGAGAGAGUGAUGCAGAAAAUUGGUCGGAAGCAAAAUUGAAGUGAUUUUACUCAAUGGAUGACAACACAUUUUGAAGACUUGUGUUGUCUGUCUCGUGAGGACUCAGCGAUGGAUGACAGCACAUUUUGAAGACUCGUGUUGUCUGUCUCGUCAGGAUGAGGUCGAGGUCUGGAUGCAGCUGCAGGCUGUGAAAACCCUGAACGUGCGGCUGCUUGGGGCUGCUGCCAUGAAGUAAUAAAAACCUAAAACCCAAAUGCUUGACCAUCAAACUAUCAAUACUUAACAAAUUUGACCAUUUAGCUGGUUUCAACAGUUAUUUGCAUUUUCUGAAAGUAAUAAAAACUAGUUCAUUGUCAAAAAAAAAUCAUAACUAACUCAUUUUAAACCAGGAAAAAUUAUAGACCAACACCAUUUUUUUCUAAAAAUAUAACCCAUCUAUUGAUGCUCUACUUGGAGUUAUUAUUAUUUUAUUUUUUAUUCCUAUUACUUGUGUUUUAUUGCUUGUAAUCAUGUUUGUUAAUUACUGAUUUAAAUAAUCAUUUUGCACUA